AUGGAGGAUGACUCCACAAUCAGUUACCUGAGACAAAACAUUGGUCAGGAUGGUUUCAACGUCACGGGUGUGUUGUUAGCUGAAGCGGAGGCGCUGAAGUACGCAGGCCAGCGUGUCCGCCUCGCCAUCCGCCAGGAGUACGAGCACGACUAUGAUGCCGCGGAGGAGGAGGAGGAAGCGGCGACGGAUGCCAGCCAGCAACAGUCCGCCCGCCGCCGCCGAACGCAAUCCACAGCCGUCCCUGCGAAGGUGGUCGAAAGCUUUGGAUUCGCGGACAAGGAUGCGGGGAAGGAGGCCAUUCCAGGCCGCGCGAACGUCACAAUCUCCAGCGUUAUCUUUUUGAUAAGCUACUGCGGAUACCGGAACUAUCACACCGUCGAGUCCUUCCGGAAAAUGUGGCUGAACGAGCCGAGCACCACGACAGACGCCAUGACGAUGCAGAACUACAUCAGCUACUGCUCUCAGGGCGCCGCGCGCAUGACGAACAGCUCCCAACGUAUCUUCGCGGUUGAUUUACCGUGCACGGGUGGGUCGGGCAAGAAUGCGUUCAACUUCAAUACAUCAUGCGAGGACCCGGAGCUAUACGGGAUGAUGAGCAUGGCGGACAGCAUUGUGAGGAACACGUAUGGAGCUAGCAUUAGCUAUGUCAAGCAACGAAUCGCCGUGCUCCCGGAUUAUGCGCACACGACAUGCAGAUGGGGUGGCUUGGCCCAAGUGGGCUGUAGCGGAGAUCGUUGCUACACCUGGAUCAACGCCGCCGCGAGCCCCCGGGUCUUUCUUCACGAAAUGUUGCAUAAUUUCGGGCUCCACCACGCGGGCCGUUUGGGUGACCCCUGGGAGUACGCCGACUACUCUUGCGUGAUGGGAAUUGGGGACACCUGCCCGAACGCCGCGCAGCUAUGGCGCCUGAGCUGGGCUUUGCCCCUCCCGGGAGGCGACCUCAACGGCACCACGCUGCAAGUGGGCAGAAGAAUCACGUUCACGCUCCCCGUGCAAAACAAGGCCCCUCAAUCGUAUGUUCGUAUCUACGCAAGCUGGAUGUGGGAUCCGCCCCCCUACACCGUCUGGUGGAGCCCUGAUGCUUACCCCGCACAUGCCCUUCUCGUCUCGUUUCGCUCAAAAGAAGAGCCUUUCGAAUUGUUUGACAACGAUAAAAACAACCAGGUUUUAAUUCACUCAUUCAAUGGGACACAGUACGCUGGCUCCGCCCAGAAGACUCUUCUACGUUCUGCGCUAAACAAGCCCAACCAGGAGUUUCGGGAUGACUCAUUUUCUGGCCUAGUCUUCAAAGUUCUCUCCAUCUCCCCAGGCCUAAGUGCAGUUGUCAGCAUCUGCCGCUCUGGGGGGCCCCAGGAGGCACAGGGUGGCAAUUCGUGCGGUGACGGCCUGGAUAACGACUGCGAUGGGCUAACGCCCCGCCGCCCCCCGCGGCCGCCACCACGGCCCCCGCGGCCGCCACGCCCUCCGCCGCGGCCAUCCUGGUUCCGGUUGGGAGUCCCUCGGCCUCAACCGGCCAGACCCGCCUAA